AUGUUUUCCAAAGUUAGGGCAGAGAAUGAGCCAUCACUGGAGCCGCCGCCAUCACUUGAUUCACUUCCAGAUGACAUCAUCUAUGAUGUCUUAGCACGUGUACCGAGAUGCUAUUACGCGGCUAUCUCUCUCGUGUGCAAGAGUUUCCGGUCGAUGGUUGCAUCCUCUAAGCUAUACAAGCAGCGAUCCUUGUUAGGCUGCAACGACAACGUAUUGUACCAUUACGAUGUUAACGAGACCAAGCUAAGAGCGUUUGUUCCGAAUCAGAGGUGUUGGAAAGUGGUGAAAGGUUUGGAAGAACUGUCGUCUAUGACGGCCGGUUCGUGGUGGUCGAGAACGGAGAGUUACGAUGGGAAAUUGGCUAUCUUCUUUCCUAAACGUCAUGACUACCUCAAGGCAAAAAUACAAAUUUGUUGUGCUUAUAUUUCUGUAGAUAGACGCCGAGGAGGAGAGAUUUUCGGUGAGGUGCAUUGGUGUGCUCUUGAGGUGAACUUAAUUUAA